AUGAGGGGAUUGCUGUCAGUGUUUCUGAUGCCCGGAAGGUUUUCUGGGUCCACCACCUACUCCAGUGAUGGUCCCUUGAUAUCGCACGAGAAGACCUAUUAUCUUAUGAGCAAGCACCCCACCCCACCCCCCGAUCCCCAUGUGACUUUAGCAUAUGAUCCCUCGGGCAAUUCCAGGGAGCUAGAACCCAUUUAUUCUCCUUUCCUUGGAAAUUCCAUCCCUGUGACUGUUUUUGGCAUUGUUGAAGGGAAGGAGGGCUCAGCUUUGUUAGUUGAGGCGCCUGAGGAACUGUGGAACCAAUCGGGAUUGCACUCCCCACGUGACCCUCACGGUCACGGAGGGACACAAACCCACAAGUUGGGAUUUUUAGCCAAUAAACUACAGAAACAGGCUACCCCAGCAGUGGUGGGCAUACCACAGAUUUUCCUUGACAGGACCCUCUCCUUUUACCAACAACUCUUCAGCAUCCUGGGUCGUCUGCAGCACCAUCAGCCUUGUCACAUGUCAACUGAUGAACCUGGACAAGAUCUUUGGGCUGUUUCCAAAAUGGAGGUGGGCCUCACCUCGGUCCCUCCCGUAAAAAUAGACAUUCGGGAAGGGGCUCAGAUGCCCUCUAUUCCCCAAUACCCUCUCAAGGAGGCAGCUGACGGCAUCACCCAUCUCAUAGAAUCCUUCUGUAAGCAGGGCAUUCUAGUCCUGUGCCAGUCCCCUUGCAAUACUCCUAUCUUACCGGUUCCAAAGCCAGGAAGGCCAGAUUGGCGGUUAGUGCAGGAUCUCCAUAGGAUUAAUGAAAUUGUGCAGCCUACACAUCCGGUAGUCCCUAAUCCUGCUAUGAUUUUAAGCAGCAUUCCACCGGACUCUCAAAUUUUUACCAUAGUAGAUCUGCAGCAUGCAUUUUUUGCAAUUCCCAUUGCUCCUGAGUCACAGUACCUUUUUGCAUUUACCUUUCAAAAUCAGCAGUACACUUGGACUAGGCUACCCCAAGGUUUUGUGCACUCUCCCUCCAUUUUCUCGCAGAUUUUGCAUAGGCAGCUUAGAGACUUACAAUUUCCCGGGGGCUCUACAGCAACCCAGAAUGUAGACGACCUCCUACUGGCAAGCUCGUCAGAGACAUCAAAUGUGCACGACAAUACACUUCUGAAUGCCCUGCACUCGUGGGCAUACGUGAUCCCACCCCAAAAAGUAAAGAGAGCCCAAAGACAAGUGAUAUUUCUGGGAACCCUUUUGAGUGCAACCGAAGGCAGCUCACUCCUGAAAGAGUGACCCCAAUCCUUGCAACCCCCCUGCCCACUACGCCGAAAGCCAUGCGAGCUUUCCUUGGCCUGGUAAACUUUUGUAGACAGUGGAUUCCAAAUGCUGCUCUGUACACAAGACAUUUGAACCCUCUGGCUUCUAGUACGCUUAAAGAGCCACUAGAACUAACUGAG